AGGUAAAUAUUUAUUUAAAUUUUAUUUAAACUUGUCCAUUAUUUAAACAGCUAAUCGUAGUAUUCAAAAUAACAUUUUUAAUAGAAAAUGUUAAGACCUGCUGCCGUACAUUUUAUCUACAAAAUCUCAUAUUUUUCGUUACCCAGUAAGUCAACAGUACACUAAGAAACUACUGAAAUGAGUAUGAUUAAAAUUGAAAACUUCAGAAGUUCCUUAAGAGGUAGAGUGAACAAUUUUCUUUCGAAAUUCCAAUCAACCUUUGAAAGAAUUGAAAAAAAGGCAGAAGGAACCUUUACAGAGAAUUGGGUAAAAUUUUGGAAAAAUGUCUUUGUGGACUAUAAAGAAGUAGCUGUUGAUAUUGCAAAAGAUGUAAAACAUAGACCUAUAAAGGCAGCAGUACUUGUUUCAACUGCUGUGUUCAUUUCAUAUUUAUUCAAAAGUAAUCCCAGUGAAGCUGAUUAUAGGGCAGCUGUGAUAAGAGCAGCUAAUGAUAUUCGUUUAAUUCCACCUUCUAUGCAGAAAGAAGAAGCAGCUAAUUUUUUACAAUACAUUGAGCAAUGUUACAACAGAGAUUUAAUAAGGCGUAUUAGUUUUGGAAUUGCAUGUAUAAUUUGGGUUGAUAAAUAUAAUAAGGAUUACAAAAAUGAAGAAGCUGUAAAUAAAUAUCUUGCUGUAACAAAUAUGGAACUUUUUAAUAGAAUAGUAGACAUUGGAAUUUUAAAUAGAUGGUUUAUUCUUCCAAAAAAGAUGGAAGAUUAUGAUGUUAAUUUUUAACAAUUUGUUUUUGUAGUAAUAAAUUUAUUUAUCUAA